AUGGAGGUCCGAUUGCCCGACUUAGCUUUGAAGCGGAUCUUCUCUUUCUUGGACGUAUUCAGCUUGCUGCAGGUUUCCCAGGUGAACAAGGAUUGGAAUAGGGUUGCAGACAGCAAUUACCUGUGGAGGGCACACUCUCUGCAGAGAUGGGACUGCAGCAACGUCACCGAUCAACACCUGGGCGCAUACACGUGGAAGCAAUUUUUCCUGCACCAAAGAAGGAAGGAGCUUCGGUUGUCAUUGGCACAGCCGGAUAACUUUACCUACAAAAUAACUAAGAACACUGCCUUUGAAACGGGUUUGGCUUAUCUCUCCGGAAAUAGCUUUACAAUGGAUGAACAGGAGAAGUCAAUCAUUUGUAGUGUCUCCCGAAAGAAAGAGCUUUGUGCCUGGGAUGUGCAAGAGGGCACCAUGGUCUGGUCAAGCCCAGUCCAGAAAUUCCAGUUCUCAAAUCUGGUAACCCUCCCUCAGAUGCAUCUCGUCAUCACUGAGGAUAUGAGCAAUACAGUCAAAGUGUGGAAUUGUCAGGACAGGGAUCCUCUGGCCGCUCUCCCCAUGCCAGCAUUCUCUUAUUGCAUGGAAGCCUGUCUCACAAAGGAUGGCCCAUUCCUGAUGGUUGGCGACACUGCAGGUGACAUCUACACAUUUACACUGCCUGAGUUAAGAGAAGUUUCUAAAGUUACUGCAUUUCAAUGUGCUAUUGUACUUCUACGCUGCUCUCCUGACAAGAAAUGGGUGUUUGCAUGUGGGACAUAUACUCGUAGCUUUCCACAGGUAUUCUUUGCAGAGGACUUACUGAGACCAUCAGAAAGCAGCGCUCCUCUGUCUACCUUUCUCCCGCAUAAAUUCUGCACCACCGCCUGCUGGAACCCAAAGAAGAAAAACAGGAUUACACUGAUGUCCCAAUCUAGAAAAAAGACAGAAAUUAUCACCUUUGAUCUAACAACCAAGAGGAACGGAGACCGAACAGUCGUCCAAGCAUAUGAGAUCUCAAGUUUCCAGUUGGCACCUCAUCUGGAGCACCCUACCUGGAUAGGAGCCAGCGAUGGAUAUCUGGUUGUCUUUCCCAGUGGUCCUUACUUGCUCCUCUUCAGCAUCACUGGCUUCCUGCUGCAACGAUUUCAGGACCACCAGACACCCAUCGACAACUUCUGGGUGGAUGCUCUCUAUGUGCUCACCACAUCUGCUGACUCUGUGCACCUGUACCUGUGGGAAGAGGGAGGCUGCCCUCCAUACCUCAGGAGCUGCUGUCACCUGGACAAUACAUGGCGUGAUCACGUACCACAUGGCUAUGUCUCCUCUGUGAUGUGUGACAACGCAAGCAUAGUACUUAAGGUGCCAAAUAUACAUGAAUCUAGCGUUCUGGUGAUGUAUUCUUUCAAUAUGCCAUUAAGAAAUUCAUCAUUGGACGCCAUGUUAACCUUUGUGACCUGCACGGACACUCCAGAUGAGUUCCUGGAAAAUCUGAAGUACCUGGAAGGCUAUGAGAAGGGAAAGAAAUGA